AGCUGGACGCGAUCCGGAGGGCGCGUCAACGUCGCUAUAAAGCUCGGCCGCGCGCGGCGCCUUCCUCUCAUUGCUCUCGGAGAGUGUGGUGGGUUGUCUUCUUCUCUCCAUCCGGUACGCUUGGUUCGUGUGAGGUUCCCGCGGGAAUGGCAGAUGCGGACGGUGCCGAGUACCGCUGCUUCGUCGGCAGCCUGUCCUGGAACACCGACGACCGCGGCCUCGAGGCUGCUUUCAGCUCCUUCGGCGAGAUCCUCGACGCCAAGAUCAUCAACGAUCGCGAGACGGGGAGGUCCCGCGGCUUCGGGUUCGUCAGCUUCUCCAGCGAGCAGGCGAUGCAGGACGCCAUCGAGGGGAUGAACGGUAAGGAGCUCGAUGGUCGCAGCAUCGUCGUCAACGAGGCCCAGUCCCGCGGGUACGGCGGCGGGGGUGGCGGCAGGUACGGUGGCGGCGGUGGCGGAGGCGGUGGCAGGUACGGCGGUGGUGGCGGGUAUGGCCAGCGCCGCGACGAUGGCUACGGGGAUGACGGCUACGGCGGUGGCCGCGGUUACGGAGGCGGACGCUACGGCGGUGGCAGGGGGUACGGCGGGCGGCGUGACGGCGGCUACUGCCGCGGAGGCAACUCCGACGGAUACUGAAGGAGCUGAGGGGACGGCCCCACGCGGCCAGUCAUCUUGCGAGUUCGCGGUCGUGAUCCCGAGUUAUCUUGUCUCUUGUGUUGUGUGGUUUCCCAUUUGUGUUUUUUGAAAAUAAAUAGCAUAAAACUAUUACAAUUCGGGUUAAGGUUUAAAAAACUACUGGAUUUUAUUUUUUUACUGAUAACUAACAAGUCUGGGAUCGGUUGUUUCAAAAAACCCCAAAUGUCGAGUGUUUCACAAUUGAUCACGAUUACGAGAGGUUGGGCCCGCACCUAAACCAACCAUCUGUUUGACCGUUUGUUUGACUGUUAACUGACAUAUGGGGCCCACAUGUCAUUUUCCUCUUCCUCUUCUCUUUCUUCUUCCUCUCUGUCUCUUCUCUUCUCUCCCCGGUGUCUCUCGAGCCGGCGAUCCUCCCCUCCCCUCCCGAGCCGGCGACCACACUCCCUCCCCUCCCCAGCCUCCCCAUGAUCGUGGGAGGUGCUCGCCAAAGCUUGGUGGUGGAGUUGGCGACGAGGAGGCAUACCUGCCCCGCUGCUGGAGUGCGCACCUCUGCCACCGCAGGCGAGGCAGGGCGUGGCGGUGGCCGCAGGCGAGGAACGGAGUGGAUCCGGCCGCUGCAGGCGUGACUCGAGGCAAGGCAGGGCAGCGGCCGCGGGGAGGCAAGCACGGCGGCCACAGGGAGGCAGGGUGAGGCGGCGGUCGCAUGCAAGGCAAGGCGUGGCGGCGGCCGAAAGAGAGGAACGGCGCUGCGGGCACGGCUCGCCGGCGCAGGAGAUGCACGGCGUCAAUCCGGCCGCUGCAGGCACGGCUUGCCGGCCGGGGGAGGCGGCGUUCGGGCAGAGCGCUCGGGAUCGAGGUCCUGGCGACGCGGCUCCUCUGGAUCGGGAGGAGGGACCUGAUUGCUUUUUUUGCAAAAACAUGUAGGGACCUGAUUGAAAACUCAUAGGGACCUGAUUGCUUUUUUUUAGAAAACUUACAGGGACCCGAUUACUUUUAGAAAAUUUACAGAUGGGACCUACAUGUAAGUUAACGGUCAAAGUAAACGGUCAAACAAAUGGUUAUCUUA